AUGGACUACUCCGCCAUCUCCAGCGAUCCAGAACAUCCCGCGGGCGCCUCGCCCUGGGGCUCUCCACGAGCCGACCGAACGACGUUCCCCACCUCCGGCAACAGCGACAUCCCGUCAUCCCCGUUACCGGGCCAGCCGCACGCAUCGCAGACCGCGGACAGAGACCGCGAGGCUGACUCUCAGGCGGCUGACCUCUCCACGCAGCUACAGAGUGCCCAAUUAGGGGACCCGGACUAUCCUAGGGAGCAGUCUCCGUUUGCUACACAGCAUUUCUUCAAUGCAGACCAGCAGCGGCAGCAACCUCCCGCCCGCUACCAGACGGGAGCGCGACAGAACUCUCGGCCUCCAGCACCCGCCUAUAAGAUCCUGGCCAAGAUCACCGGUCUUGAGAGGACUGGCAAGAAAGACCCUAUCCUCCGCUUUGAUGUCCACACCAACAUCCCCAAAUUCCGUACAACCCAAUACCGUGAUGUCCGCCGCAGCCACUCCGAGUUCGUGAAGCUUGCCGAUCACUUGAUCUCGGCCAACCCGGAAGCUCUGGUCCCCGCCGUACCGCCGCCAGUGACGCCAGCUGGUGCUGGGACUGAUGAAGACGAAGUCCGAGUCAAGGCCUCGAUGCAACGGUGGCUGAAUACUGUAUUGAGCAACGAGGUUCUAAUUCAGGAUGAUGAGGUCGUACUUUUUGUGGAGAGUGAUUUCGGCUAUAGCCCCGUGCUGCGCAUGAAGCAGCCCGCCACAGGUGUGCGACGCAAGAUGUUGAAGCAGUUUGCGCCGCCUCCAGAUGACACUCCCGAGCUCCAGGCUGCUCGUCCAACCGUGAAGAUGUUCUACUUGGGAGCAAUGGACUCGAGCCACAAGGUUGACCGAGUUGUCAAGUCCCGCAGAAGCGUGGGCUUGGCCGAGUCUGACUUUGGUGUCAAGGUUGGCCAGAUGGCCGUCCAGGAAACGCACCCUGGCUUGGCCAUGGCCUACCGCAAACUCGGCAAAGUCAUUCAGACAGUGGGUGACUAUCAUGCGAUUCAGGCCACCGCAGAAGCCACGACGUUGGGUGAACCAUUGAGCUAUCAUUCGUCCGAUGCGUUCAUCGUCAAGGAAACCCUGACCAACCGGCACAUUCUGCUGCGAGAACUGCUUCAGGCCCAGCAGAGCGCCCGGAGCAAACUUGCUGCUGCGGACCGGUUAAAAGUCAGCUCAUCUGUCCGAUCCGAUAAGGUGGAUGAGGCGCUCAGUGCUCUUGAAGAAGCGCAAAACCACGAGGACUACCUGACAAAGCGUACUCAGCGUGUGACGGCGAACCUGCUUCAGGAGAAGCGCAAGUGGUUCGACCGCACCACUAACGAUCUUCUUUUCAGCCUGCGCGAGUACACUUUGCGCCAGAUCGAAGCAGAGCGGCGGACCUUGGCGACCCUAGAAAGUGUUCGACCUGACAUCCGUGCCAUCGACGCCUCCGGUGGCCUGAGCCGACUGGGUCGCGAAGCACACCCUGCUAUCCGCCGGGCGAACGUGACAUCAAGCCAAGGCCCCAAGGGUGACGCUUGGAGCGGUGUUCCCCGUCGCACUGAUGGUAUGGGCCGCAGCAUGAGCGGGAGCUUCACGGGCCCGGGCAUGAGCGAGGAAGAGGGUGAUGAGGAUAGCCGCCCCGAGCCUGGCCACGGCCGCACGCGUGCCACCAGCCAGGUCGGGUCGAUUGCGGAGGAAGACGAUGACCGACUGGAUGCGCGCAAUGCCGCCAGCCGACUGGCUGCCAGCACCUUCUGA